CCUGUUCGCAGGACAGCUAGGGAUAAAACGAAGGAGGAACACGUUAGUUUGGUUUUCACUUUCACAGUUCUCUCCCGAAAACAAAACUAGUCACAGCGUCUUACACGACUCCCAAUGGCAAGGGACAGUUGCCUCGCUCGUGUCACCGCCGGCGCCGCUAUGGGCGGCGCUGUCGGCGGCGCCGUCGGUGCUGUGUAUGGAACAUAUGAGGCUAUUAGGUACAAGGUACCUGGACUUUUGAAAAUUAGGCAUAUUGGACAAACUACACUUGGAAGUGCUGCUAUUUUUGGUCUUUUCUUGGGUGCUGGAAGCUUGAUACAUUGUGGGAAAUCAUACUAAGGAUAAAGAUUUGUUCUCCCCCCUACUUACAGAGCUUUGGUUGCUGCCCUUGUAAAGUAUGAGUAAAGCAGGGAUUUACUGUUUUUUUUGGUUUUCUGGAUCAUGGAAAAGGUUUCAUGGCACUACUCCUGUGAAAUUUCUUAUUUAUUUCUCCCUGGAUAGUACUGUUGAAAUUUCUUUGCUGGGGUUUUCUUUCUACUUUUUGAUUCCCCACUUUCAUCUGAGAGUCUGAGACAGUGAAUUGCUCUUGCAAUAAAAAAGCAGUGCAGAUGCGUGUGUUGACAGUGUUGUGUUUAUGUUACUUGAUGUCUUUAAGCACUCCCCUCCUUUCACUAAAAUUACUCGCUCAAACCUAAUUCCAUACUCAGUUAUUAAAAUGCCCAUUGGGUAAUGAUCCAAUCCCAUCUCUAUUUCUGGCCAGAAAGUAGUAUACUGGUAACUAAAGUUUUGUGAAUAAAAUUGUUUGUAAUUUACCUGCUUCA